UUUUGAUAUAUUCGUGUAUUUCGGGGUAAUGCAUUUGAAUGAAUAUUUUAAUAAAAUACAUUAGUUUAAAGGGCGAAAAAGUGUUAAAAAUGUUAUUGAAUGGUGCAGAAACAAACGGAGUGAAAAAUUUGUAUCGAAAUGUUAUUAGUUUGAGUAAAAAGUGUGUUUAAAGAAAAGGACCGUAUCGCAAAGUGAAAAAUUUUCAGACGACUACACAAAAAUUUGUUCGUGUCCCGAAAGCCAAGCGUUUCUUCGGUCUCGUGUAUUCCACUCAUAAAGGAAAAAAGAAAAUCGAAAAUUUCCAACUUUCCCCGUGAAAAACUGUGAAAAUUUCAAAGACUUUAGCAGCGUAGUGAUUAUAGAAAAUUGAGAAACCAAUUAAUGGACUGGGAUUGUUGUAAGUGAGCCAAAUAUAGCAGUGUAUUUGAGUUGGUUUUGAAAAACUUAACAGUUUAUGUGAAAGUGAUUACGACAAAUGGAUAUGAAUAGUUUUGCAAUCGUUUUUAAACAAUUCAUACUCCCAUAGUUUAAACAUGCAUAGAUAAGCAGGUGCAGUUAGACACAAGGUUUGCUUGCCAUUAAAUACAUCAUCCAUUUGCUGGAUUAUUAAAAAGAAUCGUCUGCGCAAACAUUAAUUGCCGAACAGCCUCCGGGUGGAGUCCUCGUCAUCAUUUUGAUAUCGCUUGGAGCAUAGAACUUGGAAGCGGGGCUUACACUACCCUCGUUCCACAUUAAUUGCAAAAUUAAGUAUAGAAUAAAAGUAGUAGUUGGUGCCGACAUUACGCACUAAUAAAAGUCAUCGACGAAUGCAUGGUUUAAGGAAUUGAAAAGUGAAAAAGGAGCAGACGAAAUAAAUACAAGGCACAGAUAUAAUAAGCAAAAGAAAAGAAACUCGUUGUGUUUUCUUUUUAAUACAACGUUCGCAGUACCAUCGCUUGGCAGAAGUGAAGCAAUCAUCGACGGUGGUCAUCGUAGCUGUAUGGUAAUUGUUAUUGCAAUCAUCACUGUGUACUUAUUUAUGUCUCCCUCACACCUAUUGGUGAGUAAUGGUAUAAAAAAGCCGACUACGAGUAGGAUACAUAGAAAGUGAGUAGAGGGAACAACGAAAAACAAAACAAAGUACGCAAAGAACAGAAACAGCAGAUAUUAAAGUCAAAAACGACGAAUAAUAGGAAGUAGCAGAUUGUGAAAAGUAAAGUAAGACAAAGCAAAGUAAAAUAGAGCUGUUGUCUUAUUCGAAAUGUUUAUGUAUGAAUUGGUGAUAAUUGCUGGUGAAAAAUCAUGAGUGUAUCGUGAAUACAACUGAACGAAGAAGCGACAAAGUAGAAGGGAAAAGCCGUAUACAGAUUGUUGGUGAUUAUUCGAACAGUUUUUGUUACACAUCUUUUUAGCACAAACAUCGUAGAACAGCAUUGCACUGUGAACUCUACACGUUCGGAAAUUUUGCUGGAUUAAGGAAUAUUAAUUUGACAGUGUUUUCUACUUCAAUAUUUGGGCAUAUAUAUUUUUAUGCGCGACGUUGCAGUGAUGAUAUAAAUGCAUAAUUCAGCAGUGCAGUUGCAGCGGCCGUUGAAGGAAACAAGAAGCCUCUUACAACAGCAACUGCAAAAAUUAUAUACACCUGGGAUUGAGUCAAACAAGUAAUGAAUGAGAAAAUAAAAUCACCCUCUGGGCAGGGUGGUGCAGCUGGCGGUGGAGGGGUAGGGCCACCAAGCGGACCCAGUGUUCCAGUUGGAUCUGGUAGUACUGGUGGUAGCGGAAAUGGUGGCCCUGGUGGUCCAGGUCCACUUAAUUCAGUCAUAGGAGGUGGACCGCCCAGUGGAGGUCCACCAGCACCUAAUAACGGUAGUGAUCCACAACAACAUACAAUUCCGCAUUCAUAUGGACAACCUGGUAGUGAUCCAGCUGCGGCAAUAUCACAUUAUCAUAUGCAUCAACAGCAGCAUCCACAACAACACUUGUCUCACCAGCAGGGUGGCCCCGGAGGCCCUGGCGGCCCACAAAAUCCUGGUGAGCAUCCACAAAAAGAUGAAUACGGGCAAGGUCCUUUGGGUGGACCGCCACAACCACCUACAGGUGGGCAUCAUCCAGUUUACGGACGUUAUCAUCAUCCCGAUCCAAAUAUUGAUCCAUACCGCUAUGGGCAUUCGCCUAUGCAACAGCCGCCUCCUAGUGGCAAACCACAACAACAACCAGGACCACCGUCUGGACCGGGUGGUGGUAUAGCCUCACCGAGUCGACCACCACAGCAACGAUAUAUUCCCGGGCAGCCACCGCAAGGUCCGACCCCCACAUUAAAUUCUUUACUACAAUCGUCGCAUCCACCGCCGCCGCCACAACAUCGUUACGCAAAUAGUUAUGAUCCACAACAACAGCAGCAACAAGUUCCGCAACAGCAACAACAAGGCGGACCACAUGGACCACCGCCUCCACCACAUCAACCAUAUGGAGCGCAGCAAGGAUGGGCGCCACCACCACGUCCAUAUAGCCCACAAUUAGGACCGUCGCAGGCUUAUCGAACGCCACCACCGACAAAUACUUCCAGAGGUCAAUCACCUUAUCCGCCAACACAUGGUCAAAAUUCAGGUUCCUAUCCAAGUUCACCCCAACAACAGCCGGGCGGUCCACCACCGCCACCUCCGCAAUCAUCAAAUCAAGGAACGGCGGCUGCACAAUACUCACCGUAUCCACAGCGGUAUCCUACACCGCCUGGACCGGCGACAGGUCCUAAUCAUCGAACUGCCUACUCACAGCAUCAGUAUCCUGAACCGAAUCGACCUUGGCCCGGUGGUACAUCGCCGGCACCUAGUCCUGGGCCUAGUGGCCAUCCUCAUCCCCCAGCAUCACCGCAUCAAUCACAGCAUGGCGGCCCACCGCCCAGCAGUAGUCCUGGGCAUGCACCGAGUCCUUCGCCGCAGCCAUCACAGGCGUCACCAUCACCACAUCAGGAAUUGAUCGGCCAGAAUAGCAACGAUAGUUCGAGUGGCGGCGGUCACAGCGGCAUGGGUUCGGGGCCCCCGGGCACACCAAAUUCACAGCAAGUAAUGCGUCCCACACCUUCACCAACAGGCUCAUCAGGUUCGCGUUCCAUGUCACCAGCAGUGGCACAAAAUCAUCCAAUUUCACGACCUUCUAGUAAUCAAUCGAGUAGUGGUCCUAUGCAACAGCCUGGCGCUUCUGGACCUCCACCACCCCCGCCCCAUAUCCAAGCGACGCAAGGUGGCGGUGGUCCACAGCAACAACAACAACAGCAGCAGCAAAUGCCUGCACAAUCGCAAUCUCAGCAACAACCUAUCGGUGGUCCUGGUGGUGUGCACAACUCACCAGCUGGCGUUGGUGGCUCACAACAACAAGUUGGUGGUCUACCGCCAGGUGGUCCUGGCGCCCCUACAGGUCCACAACAACAACAACUUCCACCGAAUCAAAGCUUAAAUAGUAUGUCAACACCACCUCCACAAGGGGCGGGUGGUGGUGUGGGCGGUUAUCCACCACAGCCACAUAUGCAUGGUGUCUAUAAAAUGGGUGGACCAGGGCAGAGUCCGGGUCCAGGACCGCAAGGUUUGCCGACUGGCUACCCGCCUCCACAACAGUCGCAGCAAUAUUCUCAAGGAUCUUACCCGCCUCGCCCGCAAUACACACCCAGCGGUUACGCGCCCUCUCAACCGCCUACAAAUCAACCAACCUCCGCCAAUAGUAUGCCCCCGGGUGGCGGUCCUCAAUAUCCCGGUCGACCAAUGCCAAAUCAUACUGGUUCCGGUGGUCCACAUGCGCAGUAUCCACCCUAUCAAAAUUGGGUUCCACCAUCACCACAAGGUGGACCCGGAGGUGGCGGCGCACCAGGCGGUGCCAGUGCUGCGGGUAUGGGCAAUCAUGUACAAGGCAAAGGAACACCUCCACCCGGCGGCCCACCACAGCCACCUGGAGGUGGCUCACCGCGCCCACUCAACUAUUUGAAACAGCAUUUACAACAUAAGGGCGGCUAUGGCAGCGGUCCAGCGCCGCAGCAGGGCUAUGGUAAUGGGCCAGGCAUGCAUCCGGGUAUGCCAAUGGGACCACCCCAUCACAUGGGACCACCACACGGACCUACAAACAUGGGUCCACCAACUAGUACCCCGCCACAAUCGAUGGGUGGAGUUGGUCCUAUCGGUAGUAUGGUGGCUGUGAGUGGUAAUGUUGGUAGCGGUGUUGUGUUGUCCGGUGACGGCGAACACAUUUCACAAGAUAACGGCAUUAGUUCGUCGGGUUCAUCCACAGCAUCGGGACCACAUCCGGUCACUUCAGUGGUGACAACUGGGCCAGAUGGCACACCUAUAGACGAAGUUAGCCAACAAAGUACGCUAUCAAAUGCAUCAGCAGCUUCUGGUGAAGAUCCACAAUGCACAACACCAAAAUCUCGUAAAAACGAUCCAUAUAGCCAAAGCCAUUUAGCGCCACCAAGCACAUCGCCGGUUGGUCAUCCCGGACAUCCAGUUGGACCCAGUGAAGAAUAUGAAAUGAAUUCACCACCAAAUUGGACGCGACCAGCAGUAAGUCCUCAAGUUUUUAAUAGCCAUGGACCGCCACAAGAGACUUUUCGUACAUCGUCUACGAAAAAAUCCGAUAGCCUGUGCAAACUAUACGAAAUGGAUGAUAAUCCGGAAAGACGAAGUUGGCUUGAUAAGCUUCGAGCGUUCAUGGAAGAGCGGCGCACACCUAUCACCGCCUGUCCAACAAUAUCGAAACAACCGCUCGAUUUAUAUAGGUUAUAUAUUUAUGUAAAAGAACGUGGAGGAUUCGUCGAGGUAUGCAAGGUUACGAAAAGCAAAACAUGGAAAGAUAUUGCCGGUUUAUUGGGCAUAGGUGCCAGCAGUAGUGCUGCUUACACCCUACGCAAACACUAUACAAAGAAUUUGUUGACCUUCGAGUGUCACUUCGAUCGGGGCGACAUAGACCCGUUGCCCAUCAUUCAGCAAGUGGAAGCCGGCACAAAAAAGAAAUCAACCAAAGCCGCUUCUGUACCAUCGCCAGGCGGUGCAAUUGCGCUGGAAAAUACAAAUACAUCAACAAUGUCAGCAGGCUCCUCAAAUUCUCAAGAUUCAUUCCCUGCACCAGGCGCAGCCGCCAAUGCAUCGAUUGAUGGUUAUCCAGGUUAUCCGAGUGGUUAUCCCGGCACAGCUGGGCCACAGCCAGACUAUGGUGCGGGUGGUGGUCAAAUGCAACGACCACCCUCACAAAGCAACGCACAAACCCCACAUGCAGGCAAUACUCAAACAGCAGCAGUUGGUGAUAAUAUUAGUGUGAGCAAUCCCUUUGACGAUCCGGUUGUGGGUGGUGGUGGUAGUGGCAAUAGUAGCGUCAGCAAUGCACCACCGCCGCCCCGUGCCUCCCCUUAUCAACAGGGCGCUGGCAAUGCUUACACGCCGGUGUCUAGAGCGCCAGGUUCCCCAUAUCCGGGUCAACCAGGUGCUUACGGUCAAUAUGGUUCAAGUGAUCAAUACAAUGCCACUGGUCCACCCGGGCAGUUUGGCCAAAGCCAAGGAGCACAGUUUCCGCCACAAAACCGAAACAUGUACCCUCCUUAUGGACCAGAGGGGGAAGCUCCUCCACCUGGUGCAAAUCAAUAUGGCCCAUAUGGUAAUCGUUCAUAUGGUCAACCGCCACCGGGUAGCUCUCAAACACCUACACCGCCUGGAUCGGCAGUAGUUGGAACUGCUGGCUCACCCACUGGUGGUCCGCAAGCGCCAGGCGGCGGUUAUCCGCCAGUUGCUCCAACUCAACAGGAUUAUUAUAGGCCGCCCGAUCAGACGCCGCAACCACGUCGACAUCCGGAUUUUGUGAAAGAUUCACAACCAUAUCCAGGUUAUAACACCAGACCGCAAUUAUACGGAGGUUGGAGCGGUUCACCGCAAUAUCGUGGACAAUAUCCUGCACCCUCGCCGCAAGGUUGGGGCAGUGCACCGCCACGCACAGCCGCACCGCCUGGCGGUGGUCCACUUGGACCUCCAAAUCAACAGUCAUCAGCCGCCGUGCAAUGGGAACAUAAUCGUUAUGGCCCCCAACAGCCUCCACCUCCGCCACAACAGCAGCCGCCAUACCAACAACAAGGUCAGCAGCAACAGCCACCGCCGCCACCACAGUGGGCACAAAUGGCAGGCGCCGCACAGCCACCACCGCAAGCGAGCGCACCUGGAACAGCGUUACGGCCUUCUAGCGGUGGUCCACAGCAGCCACCACAACAACGCCCCGGUAUGCCACCACCACCCGCCCAGCAACUGCCUGUUGGCCCGACGUCCAGUCAAAACAUGACAAAGCCACCUUUUGUGAUGCCACCGCCACCUCAAGUUGGAGGCACAGGUUCUCCUACUUGUGGUCCACCACCAUCCAUAGCUCCACCUAGCACGGUUAAUGCGAUGCCGUCAGUUAUGGGCGCGCCUAUUGUUGGUGUGCCUAAGCCACAGGUGUCCGCCGUAAACUCCGUACCACAAGUCGGCGCUUCCGGCCUCCCACAAUUACCAGCACAACAGCAGCCCCUACAAGCUCAGCCACAACAACAAUUUCCAACUCCUGCCGGCACCCAGAUCAUUAAAAAGGAAAUAAUUUUUCCGCCGGAUAGCGUUGAAGCCACCACACCGGUGCUGUAUAGACGCAAACGUUUGACUAAAACCGAUGUUUGUCCGGUGGAUCCAUGGCGCAUAUUUAUGGCAAUGCGGUCCGGUCUAUUAACUGAGUGCACUUGGGCGUUAGAUGUAUUAAAUGUGUUGCUCUUCGAUGACACAACGGUACAGUACUUUGGGCUGGCGCACUUGCCUGGCCUGUUAACUUUACUUUUGGAACACUUCCAAAAGAAUCUCGCAGAGAUGUUCAACGAUUGCGACACGGACGCUGAUCAUCAUCGGGGCGGAAGUCGAAGUGCACGUAUAGUACAAAUCUACAACCGCAAACAAAAACAACAACAACAUAGAAUCAACGAAGCCGUCGAGUGUAACCACGAUUACGACAAAUAUAAGUCGUUUCAAAUGCCAAUGAUCGAUGAUGACGACGAAGAUGAGGGCAUUGAUUUAGGCCAGAUACGUGUGCUACCAAAUCCUGAAGAGAGAAUAAUGCUUCUUUCGCACACACCCAACUACACAAUGAUGUCGCGUAAGGGCUUGCCAGUACGUCUGCAACCGGCGGAAGAUGAUAUUUUCGUAUCGAACAGACAGAAAGACUGGGACUCGGAGGAAGAGCCCAUUUAUGAGCAGACAAAUGUGACCGAACCUACAGGUUGGAGUUGGACCUAUGGUUUUGCGGAUCGCAAUGCCCAAGAUGGCAUUAUCGACGUGUUCAAGUCGGAAAUUAUAAACAUUCCAUUCGCACGUUUCAUACGUGGCAGCAACGACAUGAGCUGUAGCAGCAGUACAGGUGCGACCAAGUCGUCAGUGAAAACUAAUGCAGAAGAUGCGAAAAAUGCUGGAACCAGCGAAACAAACAGUAAAACUGUGAAAAGCGAGCAAAUGGAAGACGAAAGCUGUCCGGAGGAUAGUAAAGUGGAGCAUGCGUUUAACAAAAAGCGACGAUUAUUCAACAACAGCAACAGUAAUAACAGCAGCAAACACGGAUCCAUCGUGGGAAUAGGUGGCUGCGAGGCUAGCGGUGCGAAGAGAUCUAAAUUGAAUGACGAUGAAAUUGCAUUUGCGCAACCUGGGCUCAUCAAAAAAGAGCCGUCCGAUAUUGCGCUCGCAGAGAAUUCAUCAACCGCAACUGAUAGCGACUGUCGCGAGGUCGAUAUGGAAAUUGAGCUACUGCCCCAGCAACGUCUAGGUAAUUGCGACGGUGCUAAUGUUCCGAAGAACUUUGACCCGAUAUCGACAGUGCGAGAUGCUGCACAGGUGCUGCAACGACGCCGUGCAUCCACAGUAGAAGAAGAGUGCUAUACACGUGACGAAGCCAGUCUUUACCUGGUAAGCGAGUGUCAAGAUGCGCUGGCGCGUCGCUGUAUCUGCCUGUCAAACAUCUUUCGCAACCUGACAUUUGUGCCCGGCAACGAAACACUCCUAGCUAAAUCACGCCGAUUCCUCGCUAUCCUUGGUCGCUUGCUGCUGCUCAACCAUGAACACUUACAGCGAACGCCAAAAACGCGUAACUAUGAUCGCGAGGAAGACACUGAUUUUUCAGACUCAUGCAGUUCACUACAAGGAGAACGCGAAUGGUGGUGGGACUAUCUAGUCCACAUACGUGAAAAUAUGCUCGUCGCCUUGGCGAAUAUAGCCGGCCAUUUAGAAUUGUCACGCUACGAUGAGCUCAUUGCACGGCCACUGAUCGACGGUCUCCUUCAUUGGGCUGUGUGUCCCAGUGCACAUGGUCAAGAUCCAUUUCCAUCUUGUGGUCCUAAUUCUGCGCUUUCACCACAACGGCUAGCGCUCGAAGCACUCUGUAAACUUUGCGUUACAGAUGCCAAUGUCGAUCUCGUAAUAGCGACACCACCGCAUUCAAGGCUGGAAAAGUUAUGCGCCGUUUUGACACGUCACCUGUGUCGCAAUGAGGAUCAAGUAUUGCGCGAGUUUUCCGUUAAUCUGCUGCAUUAUUUAGCCGCCGCGGAUAGUGCUAUGGCACGAACAGUGGCGUUGCAAUCUCCUUGUAUCUCAUAUCUUGUGGCGUUCAUCGAACAAGCAGAGCAAACAGCUUUAGGCGUGGCCAAUCAGCACGGAAUCAACUAUCUGCGCGAAAAUCCCGACUCGAUGGGCACUAGUUUGGACAUGCUACGACGUGCUGCCGGCACUUUACUACAUCUGGCCAAACAUCCGGACAACCGAUCGCUAUUCAUGCACCAAGAACAACGUCUGCUUGGUUUGGUGAUGUCAAAUAUACUCGACCAACAGGUUGCAUUGAUUAUAUCCCGUGUAUUAUUUCAAGUUUCACGUGGCACUGGUGUAGGGGGACCGUCGACGAUGCCGUCACUGGAAUAUCGCUUCCAACCACGGCACACCGAGGAGAAAAUCACCACAGGCGAAAAGCACCACGUUGCCGGUAGUAUUGGUGGCAAUGAUUUAAAAGUGGAAAAUAAAGUGGAAACAGUGUCGACUGCAGCUCCAGUAACAACAAAUCCGCCACAAACUGUGGCAACUGUAGAAACAGCGACACACACCACCACUCAAGCAGUAAUAAGCGAUAUUAAAAGUGAGGAAGUACCAGCAACUGCCAACGACACGAACGAUGGCAGCACCAUCAACGCAAAUGGUAACAACAGCGCCAGUAGUGCGAGCAACCACAACGUCAGCGACAAUAGCAGCGAUCCAGCAUUCAUUCAUAAGUUGCCAACAACAGCAUCAAUGCCUACAGUGCUGAGCAAGUCGCAAAACGCCUGCGCCACUGUCGAUGAUAACAGUAACAGUAGUAACGCUCUGGUGCCCGCAGCGGCUUUGUUGAAUGAUGUCAGCAAUAGCAGCACCAACAGCAACAGCUGCGGCACGGUAAGCAGUAAUAGCAAUAGUAAUAGUAUAAGCAGCGGCAACAACAACACCAGCAGCAAUAUGCACAUAAAAAAUGCGAUUGAGAACGCCAACGUGAAUACACUAGGAGCGAUGGCUCCUGUGCUGACCAACAGUGAAGCGAGUCAUUUGCAGCCAAAUCUGCUGAGCAGUAACGGCAAUGGUAAGAAUGUGAUCAGCGCAACUAUACCCACUAUUAAUGCCGCAUCCAAUACCAAUACAAAUACCAGCAACAACAAUGGUAAUGGAACGGACAGUCGAACCAAUGCGCAGCCAUCUGCAGCGUUAACGAGUGCAUCGACGCAAUCGCCACCUCCGCCACCACCACCAACUGCAAACGCAGCAGCAGUCGCAGCACCAUCCGCACCCACAGCUCCACCAGCAACUACAACAACAGCAGUUGCGUAGUACAUGACGAUGUUGCCGACGUUAGCAGCUGUGCCAGCAAUGUCAAUGCUACAGCAGCAGCAGCAACAAGAACACGUACAUAUACUUGAACAACAGCAUUUGGGUAUGGAGCAUCAUCAUUUACACCACCAGCAUCCACAUCACUAUGCCCAGCUCGAUGAGCACUAUCAACAGCAAACGGCUGCGCCAUCACCAACACAAACACCUACGCAGCCACAUUACCAUCUGCCGCCAUACCACUAUCAUUGGAGCAAGCAGCAAUCACAGCUGCAGCCACCAACAGCACAUCCUCAACCUCAUCAGCCGGAAGAUGCACACUAGAUGUCUCUGUAAGCGUGAAUCGUAAAUUAUUACAACAGAGGAACGUAGCAUUCAUAGCGUAGUAGAAACUAAUGAUAUAACGGUUAUAACGUGUAUGUUAUGUUAUAGUUCAAUGCAAAAUGCGGAGAUGAUUUAGUUGUCGUAGCGACAUUUGAAUGAAAAAAAAAAACAACAAGCAUUUGUCAACCGCGCGUCGCUGCAUCUCUCUCCGCCUACAGUUGUAUAUGUCUAGAGGAAAUAGCAAAUAAAUUAAAUAUAUAUAUAUAUAUGAUAAUGGUGAUCAACCCUGUAGAUAUAGUAACAUGAGUAGUAUUUAGUUUGUGUAAAGAAAAGUAUGUCUCACUUUUUGUAUUUUUAUUAUUAUUAAUAUUUUUUUUGUAAUAUUUUAAGAUACUUCUAAUUUCAUACCUAUGCUGGGAUAUAGAGUUAAUAGAAAGAAAUAUCAAACAACAUUUGACAAAAACAUAAAAAAAUAUGCAUUACUAGCACAUGACAUAAAGCGACUUAAAGCUAACUCUACGCUAGCGCGCUAAGAGGAAACGGAAACUGGAUUCAAAAGAAGUAGAGGUUAUAACACGAUGUAUACAGAACCGUUGAAAUCGAAUAAAAUGUUAAAGGCUUUCUCAUUGGAACCUAUCCAAAGACCAAGUAUAGCGGUCCUGCAACUCAAAAGCGGCGCGCAAACGUUUUAAAAUAUUUGCAGAAUUUUUAAUAUACACAUACUUUUGCCCACAAUUAUUUAAUGUUCGAAUUAUCAAUUAAUAGCAGCAUUAAUUUCGCUUAGGGAGCCACACACAUGUAAAUAGUUAAAAAUUAUUGUUCUGACUCAAAUCUAGCAUUGAAAAUCUGCAAUAAUUGCAUACUUUCGAAAGGUUUCGUUUUUUUUUUGUUUUUGUUUUUGUUAAUAUUAAUCGUUUUUCGUUUUUGAAGUGGUAAAACUGCAAUUUGUAAUUUGAAUCACACCAUGCGAUUGUGCGAAAAAUGCCUUAUUUUGCAAUUUCGUGUAAUUCACCAAGCAGAAAGCUAAAAAUCUGCACUAGCUAGAAAAGGAAACUAUUAUUUAACAUAAUAUUUGCAUUAUUUAUUAAGAAAAUCCAAAGGACUGCACAGCUUCUAGCUUUUGGUAAUCUUCGUAUGUUAUCCAAAAUGACAAAUUUAACAUUGUUCUUACGUUUAUAUCUACUUUUUGUUAAUUUUUUUAGUUUAAGUAAAUUUUUUUUUCUUGUUUGUUAAUUUUUUUUGUGUUUUUAAAUUUUUUUUUAUCAAACAAUUUUUUUUUUAUUUUUUUUUAAUUUUUUUUAGUUUUUUUAUAUUUUUUUUUAUUAAUUUUGUCACAUCCUGUUUUUGUGUUAAAAAGUUGUACUGUAUACUAUAAAGCAAAUAAAUUAAUUUAAAAUUGUCCACUUGGCGUACAAGCUUUUAUCUUAAACCUGUAAAUAUGGUUUCUAAAAAACGGUUCUCAUCUUAAUUUCGCUUACACACGUCGCCAUAACCACACCAUAUAAACAAGCGCACAUGCCCUAGCGAAAUAUCAUAGUAUAUGUAUAUUACUGGAAGCAAAUUAAAGAUUAUACAAAAUGCAUUUCCUCGAUACUGACAACCAAUGCAAAUUAAAAAUUAAUUUCUUUCAUAUUUAUUGAUGGUAUUUUAAAUAUAUGAUUCGUGUAUAAAUAGUAUGCAUAUAAAUAUACGCAUAUGCAAGUAUGUAGGUAUACAUUAACGAGCAAAUAAAACUCAACGCAAAAUGUGCAUGUAAAAUACUAAAAAAAAGAAUAAAUCUGCAACAAAAACAAUGAAAAAAAAUGCAAAUGUAAAACUGUGCUUAAUAUGCAACAUAAAUGAUAGGAAAAAUAUUAAGUUAAUUUCUAUAGCUAUGUCUAGCUUUUAACUUAUUAAAUUAUAUACUAUUGUAAAACUAAUGAAAAUAAAGGAUGUAAUGCAACGCAUAAUGAGAGUAAAUGAUGAAAAUAACACAAACAAACACUGCAAUUUCAGCAUUAAAAAAAGAAUUAUCUAUAUAUAUAUACAUAUAAAAUGCUUAAAACAUUAACCAUAAAAAAUUAAUGUUAGAUAUGUAUACAAGUAUAUAUAAUUGUAUAUGUAGUAAUGUAUGUAGCUGUAAAUCAAUAUUGCUUACAACUGAUAUAAAUAAAACUAAUAUUAAAUAUUAAUUGGAGCUACUACAAAAACAAAAACUGAGAUGAAAUCGGAAACGGAAACGUGAUAGACGGUGUACAGUUUGUGGUCUAGUGCAAUCAACUUGCAAAAUAAAAAAAUAAAUAGAUAUAUAUGUAUGUAUAUGUGAAAACGGUAGAUUGACAAUUGCGGACGUGCGUUAUUUGAUUUUAUCGACACAAACUUACCAGAACUUUCAUUAUUAGGCUUAGUACAAGCACAAUUCGUUGCAGAUUUGCAUGUUGAAUGCAACGUGACUGUUAUUUGGGGGCUUUAGCUGUUUCAUUGAUUCAAUUGCGUAUUGUUGCUACAAACUCAGCAACGACAUACGUUCAGGCAGGAUUUAAAUAAAUAAAAUGGCUAGCAUUAACUUUGAAUUUAAGUGGGUAGAUUGUUGUUGUAAAUGAUAACUGGCGGUGGCUUAGUUUAUAAUAUUUAAGAUACAUGUGUACAUACCAUACAUACAAACCAACAUAGGGAGUAAAAAUCCAAGCAAAACAGCUGUUUGAUUGAGUAAAUGAACAAGAAAAAUAUGGUCGUAUUAUAUGUAAGCGUGUAAGAAGCACAAGCAGCUAAUCAACUUAAAUCUAUAAGUUACCGAAGUACGCGCUAAAGAAAAAUAAACAAAAACAAAAAACAAAUAUGAUAAUAUUAUAUAAAAACUGCAAAUGAGAAAAUAAAUUAAGUAUGAUAUCAAGUAACUUAUUAGUAUUAAUAAUAAAAUACAAUAAAAGCAUGAAUGUGUUAGCAUUAGUGAAAGGACAGCUGACUGUAGACAGGUGUUGUUGUGUCAGUAGUUCAUUGUGUUAGUAAUACCUAUGUGGAUAUAUACAGACAAACAAACAAACAAACAAUUAAAAAACAUGUAAUUCAUGUAAAAAAAAAGAACUACAACAACAAAGAAAACAAAAUAUACUAAUUAAAACUAAAUUUACUAGAACUAGAAUUUGCUUACGAAUGACGCAGGAGCUGACGUAUUUGUUGUUUAAUGCACAAAUGCGUGUUAUAUAUAUAUAGUGUAUACAAACUUACAUAAAUACAAAAUAAUAAUAACUUCAACUUAAUAUAAAAUUAUAAUUUAAAAUAAAAGCUGUAAAUGUAAUGAUUUAUUGUCAAUUUUUUUUUAAUAAUUUAUAUUUUAAGUUAUAAUUUGUAAAUGUUUAGUAGUAACAUAUUAACUUACAUACAUAUACUACAUGUAUUCAAUUGUAAUACACAAUACAAUUAAAUGAUUAAAUACAAAAUACAAAAAAAAAUCACGAGUAUUUACAUAUAUAUGAAACGUACUUUUGAUUAGUUAUUGAGAAAAUGGCGUGUAAAAUGUAACACAAUAAACUGCACACUUACAUAUGUGUGAAAAAUAAUUUUCUUACACUCAUGCUCUACAUAUAUACAUACACAAACAGGCACCAAAUAAAACAACUCCCGCUAUGAUUCAUAUGUACGUGCACCAAUAUAAAGUUAAAACUCGAAUACAUUAAAAUAUGUACAUAAAUCCAUAUAAGUGUGUGUGUUGUAAAUACUUUUGAUUGUACAUAAGGGUUUAUGAAGCGAGCAGCAGCCGCUGGGCGUCAGUCGCUUAUGGCAAAAACAACGAAUGAAAGCUGAACCGUUUGCAGUACGAAGAGCUACCAACUUCAAGUCUACACUCGUGAUUGGAACCAAUUCAUAUUAGUAUGGUUCAUUAAUAAUUUGGAAGUAAUUUCUAAUUAGAUUUACUUAUGUUUUCUGCGUUGCUUCAUUGGAGGACAAUAAUAACGGUUUCUGUUCCCACGUUUUAACAUAUGCAACAGAUUGUCAGUGUCAAAGCGACGCUUUAUAUUCGGAAAUAUUGUUUAAAAUAUUAAAAACAGAAAGUUUUUAUAAACGGGGUUGCAGUGAGUGGUUGAGGAUGUCACUGAAAGAUUUGCAAUAAUGUUGAAAUAUGUUGUUGUAGCGGCAGAAUUCUGCCGAGUUGACAGUCCUUGGUCGGAUAAAAAUUCGGUUCGACUGCUGUGGGAACGGAGUGUUGUAAUAU